AUGUCUUUGUCCAAACUAUCGAGGGUCGGAGGAUCUAGGGCCAACCCAAAUUUUAACUAUCAGUUACCGGUCCGAAACAGAAACCACAAGGGCUAUGUUAUCAUUCCAAAUUUUGAUACAAGCACAGGUCCGAUCAACGAGAGGCUAGCCAUUGCCAAGAACUCGGAAUGCCCAAGCUUACUAAAAGUAGCAGGACAUCUUACCAAGGACGAAGAUGAGUCUAUCUUGUAUCACGAAUUGGAAAGUGGCCAGCCAUACUACGUUGCGGCAGGAUCUGAAGACGAUAACCCAGUCUUUACUUGUCAAUAUUUCGGCCAAAAGGAUGUUAAGGCAAUCACACCCGCAUACGAGGCCAUGAAGGAGGCUCGCGAGAUAGCCCACCGCAAGGGCACAGGCCCAAAGUCCCGCCCCGACGUCUCCGAAUUUGAGCAGCGGAUGAUCGGUUCCAAAACUCGGCUUGCUGAUAGAAGAGCUUACCCCCAAGGGUUUACCGUUACUCUACAGCAGGAUGCGAUUUGUGCGGCUCCGAUAAACGCGGCAAUGAUAGAGAAUGCCGAGUCCACUGGGAGACUUAAUCAGCUCAUCGCGAUUGCCGCUAGUCAUCUUCUAGCCAGCUGCGCCCCCAAAGAGUUACUAGAUUUUCUUACUAGACAAGCUGAGUCUGCUGUUCCUCUGACAUUCGGAGACGAGGGGAACAAAUUCUUUUCAAUUGUACAAUACAAUUACUCGGGUGCAGAUAUAGAUUCUUUGGAGCUCGCUAUCGGAGAUGUUGGAGCCCUGCAUGUAGAUGGGUAUGACGAUCCAACACUGUGGACUGUUUUAUUGAUAUUGUCGAAUAUACCCAAAGGGUACUGGCCUGGUCGCACUUUUGUCUUGUCACUCCGUGUUUACGCUAUAAUGGGCCCUAUGACGGCCAUAGUCUUCAAGGCGGUCCAUCCGCAUAUUAGCUUGGGACCGAGUCCCAUGGCCGACUUUAGACGCGCACCGUACAGAAAUUAUUUGUCGGACGAUGUUUUGAUCAUGGACCCUGAAUUGUACCACCAAAGUCGAUUGGCGGCUGUGUGCUACCCCAAGAAGGCGAUUAUGCGUAAAUCUCCUGCUCUAAUCCGUCGAUCAACACCAGCAAUUCUUCAAAUGACCAAUGGGCUUCGUAGCAGUCUACCAGAAGCACACCCUGUUGCAAUUGCGGCUUUCGGAACUCGAAGAAACCAAAUGGAAUCCUUGGCCAGAUUAGAAGCCCACGAUAUGUGCACACAAGUGUGCAUUAACACAGCUUUGAUUAUGCCUUCGGCUAAUUGGUUCGCAGAGAAAUGGCGCUGGAAAGAGAAUGGGGUGAUUAUGACACCAAGAGUAUCCCGAAUUCAGGCUGUUAUAGACGGACAUGGCAAAGAAAACGAAUGGUAUACAGCGUACAAAGCUAAGUGCGAGGCUGUUCUCUUAAUGACAUGGUUUCAAGGCAAAAAAAAGGGAGAAAGCGUCUGGGUUUCUACUGAGAAGGUAGGAUCGACGUUUACCGAUUCGGAUCCCUCUGUACCAACCGCUGCCGAGCGUCGAGGGGACUUCAACAAAAGGGACCCAAAAAGAAAUAACGCUAAAGAGCACAAGCGAAACGACGAGGCUGAAGGGAUAGGUGGACCUGUGGCAGAGACGAGUCUGGAGGGAUCUUCUGAGGAGGAGCCACCUUUUGUGAGGAGGAGGAGAAAUGUGGGGAUAUAA